AGUGCGUGUGAGCGUGCCUUUCCCGUUUUCCUCCUCCUAUCCGCUCCUCAUUUGAGGAGAGAGAGGGAGAGGGAGGACUAGGCGUCCGAGCUGCGUUCCGGAGGGAAACCUGCGUCCAGCGAGUGGCCGCGACCCUCCCUGCAGUCCAGGGGCCGGUCUUCUGCCCGCCCCCCGGCGUCGGGCCGGCCUUGCCCGGGGCUCUGGCUUGCCCAGCCGGCGGGGGCUGGCAUGGUGGCAGGAGGGCAGGGCCCCAAGCAGCGGUCGGCGGGGGCGGCGGGGGCACCAUGGGCGUGAAGCGGCCCUUCGGGGGGCUCCGGGCCGCCCUGUGGGUCCUGGCCUGGCAGGCCGCCUUCCCCCCGGAGGCCCGAGGAUGCCCGGCCCUCUGCACCUGCACGGGGACCACCGUGGACUGCCACGGCACCGGCCUCAGGGCCGUGCCCAAAAACAUCCCCCGCGCCACCGAGAGGCUAGAGCUCAAUGGGAACAACAUCACCCGGAUCAGCAAGAACGACUUUGCGGGCCUGAAACAGCUUCGGGUGCUGCAGCUGAUGGAAAACCAGAUUGGAGUCAUAGAGCGAGGAGCAUUUGAUGACAUGAAAGAGCUGGAAAGACUUCGACUGAACCGGAACCAGCUGCAUGUGUUGCCAGAGCUGCUGUUCCAGAACAACCAGGCCCUCUCAAGGCUGGACCUCAGUGAGAACGCGAUCCAGGCUGUGCCCAGGAAAGCCUUCCGAGGAGCCACUGACCUGAAAAACCUACAGUUGGACAAGAACCAGAUCAGCUGCAUCGAGGACGGGGCCUUCCGAGCCCUCCGGGGCCUGGAGGUGUUGACUUUGAACAACAACAACAUCACCACCAUUCCAGUGUCCAGCUUCAACCACAUGCCCAAACUGCGCACCUUCCGCCUGCACUCCAACCAUCUCUUCUGCGACUGCCACCUCUCCUGGCUGUCUCAGUGGCUGCGUCAGCGCCCAACCAUCGGGCUGUUCACCCAGUGCGCGGGGCCUGCCGCUCUCCGCAGCCUCAACGUGGCCGAGGUCCAGAAGAACGAGUUCAGCUGCUCAGGCCAGGGAGAUGCGUCCCGAGCAUCCAUCUGCACCCUGUCCUCGGGCUCCUGCCCUGCCAUGUGCACCUGCAGCAAUGGCAUCGUGGACUGUCGUGGCAAGGGGCUCACUGCCAUCCCUGCCAACCUGCCGGAGACCAUGACAGAGAUACGUCUGGAACUCAAUGGGAUCAAGUCCAUCCCUCCUGGAGCCUUCUCGCCCUAUAAAAAACUGCGAAGGAUAGACCUGAGCAACAACCAGAUCUCAGAGAUCGCACCUGACGCCUUCCAGGGCCUUCGUUCCUUAAACUCACUGGUGCUGUAUGGAAACAAGAUCACAGACCUGCCCAGAGGGGUCUUCGGGGGCCUCUUCACCUUGCAACUGCUGCUGCUGAACGCCAACAAGAUCAACUGCAUCCGGGCCGACGCCUUCCAGGACCUCCAGAACCUGUCCCUGCUCUCCCUGUAUGACAACAAGAUCCAGAGCCUGGCCAAGGGCACCUUCACCUCCCUGCGGGCCAUCCAGACCCUACACCUGGCUCAAAACCCAUUCAUCUGUGACUGUCACCUCAAGUGGCUGGCGGACUUUCUGCGGACCAACCCCAUCGAGACCAGCGGGGCCCGCUGUGCCAGUCCCCGACGCCUCGCCAACAAGCGCAUCGGGCAGAUCAAGAGCAAGAAGUUCCGGUGCUCAGCAAAGGAGCAGUACUUUAUUCCAGGUACGGAGGAUUACCAGCUGAACAGCGAGUGUCACAGUGAUGUGAUCUGCCCCAACAAGUGUCGCUGCGAGUCCAACGUGGUGGAGUGCUCCAACCUGAAGCUGACCAAGAUCCCCGAGAGGAUCCCGCAGUCUACGGCCGAGCUACGAUUGAACAACAAUGAAAUUUCAGUCCUGGAGGCCACUGGGAUCUUCAAAAAGCUUCCUCACCUGAAGAAAAUUAACCUGAGCAACAACAAGGUGGCCGAGAUAGAAGAUGGCGCGUUCGAGGGGGCGGCCUCGGUCAGCGAGCUGCAUCUGACUGUCAACCAGCUGGACUCUGUCCGCAGCGGCAUGUUCCGGGGGCUGGAGGGCCUGAGGACCCUGAUGCUGAGGAACAACCGCAUCGGCUGCAUCCACAACGACAGCUUCACCGGCCUGCGCAACGUCCGCCUCCUCUCGCUCUACGACAACCAGAUCAGCACCAUCUCCCCGGGGGCCUUCGACACCCUUCAGUCCCUCUCUACCCUGAACCUGUUGGCCAAUCCCUUCAACUGCAACUGCCAGCUGGCCUGGCUCGGGGACUGGCUGCGCAGGAGGAAGAUCGUGACCGGGAACCCGCGCUGCCAGAACCCGGACUUCCUGCGCCAGAUCCCCCUGCAGGACGUGGCCUUCCCAGACUUCAGGUGUGAGGAAGGGCAGGAAGAGGUGGGCUGCGUCCCACGCCCCCAGUGCCCCCAGGAAUGCACCUGCCUGGACACGGUCGUCCGCUGCAGCAACAAGCACCUCCGCGCCCUGCCCGUGGGCAUCCCCAAGAACGUCACGGAACUCUAUUUGGACGGAAAUCAGUUCACAUUAGUCCCAGGACAGCUCUCCACCUUCAAAUACCUGCAACUGGUGGACUUGAGUAACAACAAGAUCAGUUCUUUAAGCAAUUCUUCCUUCACCAACAUGAGCCAGCUCACCACCCUGAUCCUCAGCUACAAUUCCCUGCAGUGCAUCCCUCCCCUGGCCUUUGAGGGGCUCCGCUCCCUCCGCCUUCUGUCCCUCCACGGCAACGAUAUCUCCACUCUUCCCGAGGGCAUCUUCACCGACGUCACCUCUCUCUCCCACCUAGCCAUCGGGGCUAACCCCCUCUACUGCAACUGCCAUCUGCGUUGGCUGUCCAGCUGGGUCAAGACCGGCUACAAGGAGCCUGGGAUCGCCCGCUGUGCCGGUCCCCCAGAAAUGGAGGGCAAGCUGCUCCUCACCACUCCCGCCAAGAAGUUUGAAUGCCAAGGGCCUCCCACAUUGGCUGUGCAAGCCAAGUGCAACCCCUGCCUGUCCGAGCCGUGCCGAAACCAGGGGGUCUGCCAGGAUGACCCCUUCGAGUUCUACAGGUGCACCUGUCCCAGUGGCUACAAGGGCAAAGACUGCGAGAUCUCCCUGAGCAGCUGCUCCAGCAGCCCCUGCGAGAACAGCGGGACGUGCCAAGCCCUGGAGGGAGAGGGAGCCAGAUUCACGUGUGCCUGUGCCAAGGGGUUCGAGGGGCCAACCUGUGGGGUGAACGUGGACGACUGCCAAGGUCACAACUGUGAGAACGGCGGCCUGUGCGUGGACGGAGUCGGGAACUCCACCUGCCUGUGCCCCCCGCCCUACACAGGAGAGGCCUGUGAGAGGCUGAUGGAUUUCUGUUCCCCAGAGCAAAAUCCCUGCCAGCAUGGGGCCAGCUGCGUGAGCACGGCUGAGGGGCCCAAGUGCGAGUGUGCCCCAGGCUACGUGGGAGACAACUGCAGUGUGGACUAUGACGACUGCUCAGACCAUCGCUGCCAGAACCAAGCCCAGUGCGUGGACGAAGUCAAUGGCUACUCUUGUCUGUGCCCGGAAGGCUACAGCGGGCAGCUGUGUGAGAUGCCUCCCCGGGCCGGGGCGCCCUUGAGCCCCUGCGAGCGGGCCGACUGCCAGAACGGAGCCGACUGCGCCAUGCUGGGGAGCCGGCCCGUGUGCCGGUGCCGGCCCGGUUUCGGCGGGCCCGAGUGCGAGAAGUUGCUGAGCGUCAACUUUGUGGAUCGGGACACCUACCUUCAGUUCACGGACCUGCAGAACUGGCCGCGGGCCAACAUCACGCUGCAGGUGUCCACGGCGGAAGACAACGGGAUCCUGCUUUACAACGGCGACAACGACCACAUCGCAGUGGAGUUGUACCAGGGCCACGUGCGGGUCAGCUACGAUCCUGGCAGCUACCCCAGCUCUGCCAUCUACAGUGCCGAGACCAUCAACGAUGGACAAUUCCACACGGUGGAGCUGGUCACCUUUGACCAGAUGGUGAAUCUUUCCAUCGAUGGCGGCAGCCCCAUGACCAUGGACAACUUUGGCAAGCACUACACCCUCAACAGCGAGGCCCCGCUCUACGUGGGGGGGAUGCCCGUCGACGUGAACUCGGCGGCCUUCCGCCUGUGGCAGAUCCUGAACGGCUCCAGCUUCCACGGCUGCAUCCGGAACCUGUACAUCAACAACGAGCUGCAGGACUUCACCAAGACGCAGAUGAAGCCGGGCGUCGUGCCGGGCUGCGAGCCCUGCCGGAAGCUCUACUGUCUCCACGGCAUCUGCCAGCCCAACGCCGCCCCCGGGCCCGUGUGCCACUGCCAGCCGGGGUGGGGGGGCCCUCACUGCGACCAGCCGACCGGAGACCCCUGCCAAGGGCACAAAUGUGCCCACGGGACCUGCACAGCCCUGGACGCGCUGUCCUACAGCUGCCGGUGCCAGGACGGCUACCGGGGGGCGCUGUGCAACCAGCCGGGGACGCAGCCGGAGACGCAGCAGGCGACGCAGCAGGGGACGCAGCAGGGGACGCAGCAGGGGACGCCCUCCGAGCCCUGCGCAGCCUUGCGGUGCCUGCAUGGGCGCUGCCAGGUCUCCGCCGAUGGGGCCGCGCGCUGCGCGUGCGACAGUGGCUUUACCGGGGACCUGUGUGAGCAAGAGUCCGAGUGCCGGGGGGACCCCGUCCGGGACUACCACCAGGUCCAGAGGGGCUAUGCCAUCUGCCAGAGCAGCCGCCCGCUGUCGUGGGUGGAGUGUCGGGGCCCUUGCGUGGGCCAGGGCUGCCGCUGCUCGGGUCUGCGGCCGAAGCGGAGGAAGGUCACGUUCCAGUGCAGCGACGGCUCCUCCUUCGUGGACCAGGUGGAGAAGCCCACCGAGUGCGGCUGCGCUCACUGCAUGUAGCCCCCGGACCAGCCCGGACGGGGCCGACCGGACCGGGGCGGGGAGGGACGGGGUGUGGGGGGCACCGGGGGCAAAGGGGAUACGGGGUCAGGGCAACCACUGCGGCGAAUGUCAGAGGCCAAGCGGAAGCCCGGGGGAGGGCGGGCCCGGCUGGAGAGGUCGAAGGGUGCGGCCCGGCAGGGGGGUCCUUGUCGGGCAAAGGAAUGCCGGGCCGGGGGCUUGGUGGCAGGGCAAGACCUCUUUGCCCAGAGAGCUGCCCUGUGCUAUUGGAACCCUGGCCGGGGGUGGCACCCAGCAUCAAGCUUCACGUUGGGGUCGUCCCGCUGGGGGAUCUGGGGAGGAGCCAAAGCCAACCCUCCCAGCGACGUCCUGCUGAACCUCGAAGCCGGGACGGCCUCCCAACAGGUGGACGGAGCCAGCCCAGCCCAGCCGACACCUCUGGGAAGCAGCCUGCAGGAGGCGGGGAGACGUGCCCAGCUGACCGCCGGACCCCAAGCCGGAGCGGAACCCCCUGGGCCGCUGGUGCCCCUCCUCGCCCGGAGCGGCGAGCUACCCCGGGGCGGGGGCCGGGGCCCUCCCCGCCAGACCCUUCGUUCCCACUCAUCCGUCUGCCCUGGCCAGAGACCCUCGGGGUUCGCCGACGUAAGCGGCGGGAUUACUCCCGUAGACACCCCCCUCGCCCUCCCGGUCCUCUGCCUUCUCUCCUCCCUCCAGCUCCCUUGGGAUAGAUGUGGUCGGGCAUGUGCAUCCAGCCGCCUUAAGUGCUUUCUAAUGGGCUCAGGCUGGAAACCCACCCACCCACCGCUGUGGUUGCUUCCCCCCCUUCCUUGCCUCUCCCCCACCCUGUGCGGUGGCGCAGUGUUACAGCCGGCCCGGUCGGUGCUGGUGGGAAACCACGGUGGAGCCUCUCGGGCCCGGAGCCUCUCGGGCCCGGACCCCCUCGGCCCGGCGCAAACCGACCCGGAGCCGGCCGAAGGCUCCUCGAGGGCCACUUGGUUUCAUCUCAGGGUGGGAGGGGGGAGGGGAAGGCGGACAGCUUCAUCCAUCUGUGUUUUGGGUUGCUUUUUUUCCUCCAUCCCAUGCUUCGUGUACAGCUGCACCAGGCCAAGGGAGGGUGUUCACGGCGGGCUCGGCCGCCGCUCAGAGGAUGAGGAGCAGCUGCUGGGUUGUCCCUCAGACCCUCUCUGACAAGGAAGUGGUUUUGUGACUCUGGAGCUCACCCGGAUUUUCCUGAUGCUAGGGCCCCCAUGCCCACCUCGGCCCUCCCAACCUCCUCGCCGGCGGCUUCCUUCCGAACCCUCGGUCCCCAGUGGGGCAGAGGCUUGGGGCGGGCAGAGCCUGCAGCCGUGGGGAGGGCCCCCGGGCUGGGGAGAGAGCGCUAGGGAGUGGAGCAAAGCCCCAACUCAUUUCCAGGGACUCUCCUCCUCUCCUAGGCCUGGCUAGGCUGGAGCCAAAUGUCUGUCAGGGAGAGAUGCCGGGGGGGAGGGAGAAGGAAGGGUAAGGAGGCUCCAGGGAGGAGCCAGGAGCGCACCUGCUUCUUUGUGGACCGUCUCCGGGCUGGGCCCUGACCCUGACCUCGACCUCAGCCUGACCGACGCCGGCCUCCGCCCUCCCGUUUCUAGCAACAGGGAGGCUGGCUGAACUGGGGGUGGGCUCAGUCGGGCAGGCCACAGGCUGGAGGCCACUGAAACUUUGGAGAACAGGGCGCUGAAUAAGGAAUUUUCUCUUUCGGAGACAGAGAGGAGGCAGUUCCUAGCCGUGUCUCUGGGGGAAUGUGCACCCGACAGAGACCUGGGCGAGCAGCCCCGAGCUCGAGGAGGGAUGUUCCUCCCUGCCCCGACCCCAGAGAGCUCCUGGGGGGAUCCCGCUGAGGGGCCGACAGACACUAUCCCUGGUCUCAACCCUACUGAAGUAUUAGAAGGUCUGAGGUCCCCUGUGCCCAACAGCAGAGGAUCCGCUCCCAGAUGGCCCGGGGCUCCCGAGAGUUAGCCUUGACUACUGCCCGCCCAGAGAGGACUGUACCAGGAGAGGGGUUCCGGGGCGCUGGCCACCACCACAGCUCACAAUCGGUUUGGUUAAGGGCCUGAAGAAAUACAAUCAACUGACUGUACUUCGCCUCAGGCCCCCUGAGCAACACCCCCUCUGGCCCAAACCGCCCCAGGGGAGAGCGAGGGAAGAGAGGGGCAAGUCCUCCAACAACCAUGAUCCACGGCAGGCUUCCUCGGGUGGGGGGCUUGGACAUCCCAGCGGGGCACCGAGAGCGCUUCCCGGGCAGAUUCACCUAUUAAAGGAAAAGUGGUAGAAAAUGGAAAAGGCUGGACUUUCUGUUUUCUUUUGCCUGUUGUAGCCUAACUUUGAAAGUAUCUCUUUAUACAGAAUACUUACAGAUUCUAAUAUAUAUUUGUAUUUCAUUUUGUUAUAGUAUUUUUAUAUGUUAAGGGCAAGCCGACAGUGUUCUAUUUUGUUUUUGUUUUCAGAUGCUAAGCAGCAGCAGCAACAUUGAAAGUGGAUUCGUUUGGGGGUUUUCUUUGGUUUGUGUUCUGACUUUUAAAGAAACUGGUUUGUGAUGGGCCAGUGAGGGAGCCAAUGAUUGUCCUUUCCAUAGAAGAGGCAGUAUUGUUUUAGAAGAUGUUUGAUAUUGUCUAUGUUGUCUUUCAUGUGAACAUGACAUUUAUUCAUUCAGAGACU